AAAAGAUUCGUGACACGAAUCACCUUAUGGAUUACUCGAAUUGACGCUAUGUUGUCGUUCCAGGUCCAUACCAGGAGGCUCGUCAGACGGCACCCCCCGGAGGCGGCAUGUCUGCCGAGGACAACGGCAACCUCCCUUCUUCAGGGGGAGGAGGCGGAGUCCUAAUCAAGCCGAACUCCAGCAGUAACGAAGACCUCAGCGAAUACACAGACGCCGAUGAGAGCAUCUCAGCUCCUACUGAGUUUCUUGCAGAGUUCUUAUCAGCGGUAAUGCUGAAGGACUACCCGACAGCACUGAAGUAUUGCAAACUGAUUCUCCAAUAUGAACCUAAUAACGCAACGGCCAAAGAAUUUUACCCGCUGAUUCUGGAAAAAAUAAGAAUUGAAGCCAAUGACAACGAAAGUGAGGAAGAAGAGGCUAGCGAAGAAAGUUCCGGCACUGGUUCUGAUAACAGCACUAGCAGCACUAGCAGUGAGGAGAGCAGCGAAGGACAAGAGGAAGAUGAAGAGGACGAGGUAGAAGUAGAACAAAGCGCUGGGGACAAACGUUCCAAAGGAUCUUCAGACGGCACCACCGGAAGUUACUCCAGUUUGGAAGACGACGAGGCGGUUGAUCAGCUAGUUGCUCUAGCAAGGAAAUACCAGAUUGACAACGUUAACUUGGGCAACGGAAACAAGAUAUAUAACACCUCAACUUCCGCUCUUCUCCAAAACAAGGCCUAUUCCAAGAUCGUACCUUCACCACCGGAAACAAACUCCAACGUUCAAGCAGGGACAAACUUCCCGUUCGGUACCAGCUCAGAUUCAGAGUCGCCUACAGAGCCUGUCAGCCAGCAAACCAUCAAGAUACUAAGGGCCAGGGUCGUACCCGGUAAUAUCUGAAUGACAUAUAUGCUAUGAGAUGUAAAGAGUAAAACCCUUUCUAGAAGAAGUGGAGUGACGGUGACUAUAUAUUUUUGUAAUUUUUGUAUGUAGACACAGAGUGUAUAAAACAAAUGAAGUAUUUGACCAAACUAUAUUGUACGUAGACUUUUUCUAGGUUUCUUCGUACGCCCAUAUUCUAUAUCCACAAAUGCAUAGUAACAUUGACAAAAACUGAACAUUCCCCUUAUGUUACCUUUCAAUUACAUGUAGUAAAAAACAGAAUUUUGCAUGUAAAGCCAUUUAAAUGGUUGUGUUUAUGUUUUGUAUCUUUGCAGUUAGAUCUCUGUUACAUUCAGU